UGGACGACCACAUCUCCCUCCCUAUUGGUCUCUGGGGUACCAGCUCUCACGAUGGGGAUAUUCUAACAUUGAUGUAUUAAAGCAAACUGUUGAACGCAUGGAGCAGUACAGCAUCCCAUAUGAUGUCCAGUAUGGAGACAUUGAUUACAUGGACCACCAGCUCGACUUCACUUAUGACAAAGAAAACUAUGCAGGCCUGCCAGAGUUCAUUCAAGAAUUGAAGAAUGAUGGAUUGCACUAUGUUAUUAUUCUGGAUCCAUUUCUAAGUAAAGAUCAACCUAGAGGGAGUUAUCAAUCCUAUGACCUUGGAGAACAAUUAGGAAUCUGGGUGAACAAUUCAGAUGGAGUGACUCCAGCUGUUGGCAAGGCCUUGGCUCCAGGAAUGUCUGUGUAUCCAGACUAUUUUAACCCCAAAACAGCUGCCUGGUGGGCCCAGAUGUGCAUUGAGUUCAGAAAUGUCCUUCCUUAUGAUGGCAUUUGGCUUGACAUGAAUGAACCAUCCAAUUAUUUCAAUGGCCAGUACCCAGGAUGUGCUCACAACAAUCUCAACUACCCUCCCUAUAUACCCAGAAUUUCUGGUUCUUCUCUCUUUGAAAGUACAUUAUGUCCAGAUUCUAAAACUUAUCUGGGAUCACUAUAUGACACACAUUCCCUGUUUGGAUGGUCAGAAGCAAAACCCACUUACAGCGCUAUCCAGGAAGCCACAGGAAAGAGGCCCUUUGUCCUGAGUCGCUCGACAUUUGUUGGAAAUGGAAAAUACACUGCACAUUGGCUAGGGGACAAUCAUGCUCUGUGGGAAGAUAUGCACCUCUCCAUAGUUGGAAUUCUGGAGUUCAACCUCUUUGGAAUCCCACAAGUUGGAGCUGAUAUCUGUGGCUUUUACCUUGACACCACCUUUGAACUUUGCUUGCGCUGGACUCAACUGGGUGCAUUCUAUCCAUUGUCCAGGAACCAUAAUGCGCUUGGUCAAAAGGAACAAGACCCUGGAGUGUUUGGGAUUGAAUUUGCCAGGAUUGCCCGAUCAACCCUGCAGAUUCGAUACUCCCUCUUGCCAUACUUAUAUACCCUCUUCUUCGAAGCCCAUGUCUCUGGAAACACAGUGGCCCGAGGGCUAAUGCACGAGUUUCCAGCUGACCUUGAGACGCAUGGCAUAGACAGAGCUUUUCUUUGGGGACCUGCACUUAUGAUCACACCCGUUCUUCAAGAGGGAGCAAGAUCAGUGGAUGUAUAUUUCCCAGAUGCAUCCUGGUUUGAUUACUAUACGGGUGAUAAAAUACCGGCUUCAUCACACAAUAAAUAUGUCAGUGUUGAUGCCCCUCUGGAAAAGAUACCACUGUUUAUUCGAGGAGGAAGCAUUUUGCCAACACAAAAACCGGCCACAAGAACUGCCAAGAGCCGCCUGAAUCCAUUUGGACUUAUUAUCGCUGUGGAUGAACAAGGCCAAGCCUAUGGUUCUCUCUUCUGGGAUGACGGUGAAUCGAUCGACACUGUUGAGAGUGGAAACUAUUUCCUGACCAAAUAUACAUACCGAGAAGGUCACCUGGAGACAAGAAUUGUUAACAACAACUACCGGGGAGUUGAUUCUCUGGUGUAUGACACAAUUCAGAUCCUUGGUGUAACCUCAAAACCUCGGAGAGUUCUUCUGAAUGGAAAGGCCAUCCGUGAUGACACAUAUUAUCAUGGAAAUGGGAAACUCACCAUUCACAUUUCUGCACCACUUGGAGAACCCUUGGAAAUCACACUUCAGUAAAAGACUGAAAAGUCCAGAGCAUUUUUUUAACCUGGUUCAACCUGUAAUUUGCAUGUCUUCAUGAUUUUCUGAGUUGAAUUAAAA